AAGAAAAAAUUUAUUCAAAUUUUUACUCAAAUUUAAAUGAAACAAAAGAUGGUGAGAUUGAUUGCAUUUUUUUACGAGAGAUGGGUAGCGUAGCCACGUAAUCUCCGCCGAACUACCAUCACCACCAGCCCAUCGAUCCGUUUACUUGCACACCACACCACACCACACCACACCGCACCGCACCACGUCACUUCCAUGUCCGCGAGCCACAAAAACUGAGAAAGAGACACUCCCCACACCCAACACCACCGUACGCUUCGGUGUCUCCGUCACCCUGCUCAAACCCUCUCUCUCUCAUCCUAAAUCUCUGAAACACUCUUUGUUUGAUCUCCGACAACAUCUCUCCAAUUCAAAUUCAACAAUUGAACUUGUAUUUUGAUUCAGCAUAAAUAUACAUAAGUCACAGAACCAAUAAAGAAUCGAAAGGACCUGUUGUUGGUUUUGGUGGUGAAAUGUCGUCGGUGAUUUCAAAUUUUGGGGCCGAAUCAUCGGUUGCUUUAGCAGACAAUGGAUUUCUAGGCAUUGGGUCCGUUUCUGGGAUCAAUCGAAUGGUGCCCACAAUGGCUUUCAAGGUUUCGAGGUGUUUCGAGAAUGGCGUAUUCCACAUCUCUCGGUUAUGCCUUAGUCACUCAACGAAGGCUGCUAAAGGUUCAAAAAUUGGUAUGACAUUAGUAGAUGAGAGGAUUGCACAUGGUAGAGAUGUCAGGCCUUCCGAUAUCUUGGCGUACGAUCUUGUUCAAGGAGCACAUGUAAGAUGGAGUUAUAUUAUGGACAAGUCAGUACCUGAUCCGCCAACAGCUGUUCUUCUGCAUGGCAUUCUAGGUAGCAGGAAGAACUGGGGUAGGAACCUUUGCUCGAAGAUUGGCACAAGAAUUUCCAACGUGGCAGGAUCGGGUGUCCAAAAAGAAGAUUGAGAUCAGCCGUAGAGUUGGAGAUCUCUGUAUGGUGGAAAACCUGCAUCUUCCUCUGUCUACCUCUCCCGUUGCACUUUCAUCUUUUUAAUUAGAUUCUGAGUCAAGUCAGUUUUAUUUAUGGCAUUCUCGCUUAGGUCAUUUAUCUGUUGACCGUUUGCGGUUUUUAACUCAGUCAGGAUUGUUAGGUAAAGUUUCUCUUAGUUAAAUUGAUGAGUGUCAAGGAUGUAAACUUGCUAAAAUGACAGCUGUACCUUUUAAUAACAGUACUUCUAUUUCUACUUC